CGAGCGCUCUUUUUUUUCUCCCUGCUCCGCUGCAGCUGCUCGGCGAAUGAAUGGCAUCUUUCUCAACAUCACGUAAACGCCGACGGGGUCAGCGAAAGCAUCUUCCUCUUGUGUUCGCCUCGGACGGAGCAGCCUGAAAAAACAACUUCGUUCAUAAUUAAUUUAUAGCUUUAUCACACAGCAGGUUGCAGUACACCUGAUCGUUUUACGAAACGGCUCGGUGUGCGGCCGUAUGAAUAAAAAAAGAGAAUACCCCCUUUUAUUGAUGACAGAGGCUCACUGUUCAAACAGCAUGAAAUAAUUCCACUGAAUGAAGGAACUGAAGCUGGGAAAGACAGCAUGAAGUUACAAAUCUCCGGUCUUUUGCUCGUAAUGGCAGUAGCCUAUGCAACGAUAGAGGCUCCUGAAGAGAUUCUCUCACUUGCUGAGAUGGAGGACACGUUGUUGAGGAAUCUUUUUCGGGGCUAUCAGAAGUGGGUGAGACCUGUCCUUCACGCCAACGACACGAUUACCGUUCGCUUCGGUCUAAAGAUCUCGCAGCUGGUGGAUGUGGAUGAGAAGAAUCAACUAAUGACUACAAAUGUCUGGUUGUGGCAGGAGUGGACAGACUAUAAGCUGCGGUGGAAUCCAGAAGAUUAUGGUGGAAUCACAUCCAUCAGAGUGCCCUCAGAAACUAUUUGGCUACCAGACAUUGUCCUUUAUGAGAACGCUGAUGGCCGAUUUGAGGGUUCUCUGAUGACCAAAGCCAUUGUAAGGUUUAAUGGUACCAUCAUGUGGACUCCUCCUGCCAGCUAUAAAUCCGCCUGUGCCAUGGAUGUCACCUUCUUCCCAUUCGACAGACAGAACUGCUCGAUGAAGUUUGGGUCGUGGACAUACGAUGGCACGAUGGUGGACCUGACCCUGGUGGAUGCAUACGUAGACCGCAAAGACUUCUUUGACAAUGGGGAAUGGGAAAUACUCAACGCUACUGGCCAGAGAGGCAGUCGGCAUGACGGCAUUUACUCCUAUCCUUACCUCACAUAUUCAUUCAUUCUUAAACGUCUUCCUCUCUUUUACACACUCUUUCUCAUCAUCCCAUGUCUCGGUCUGUCGUUUCUCACCGUGCUGGUCUUCUACCUCCCCUCGGAUGAAGGAGAAAAGCUUUCCCUCUCCACCUCCGUCCUUGUGUCUCUCACUGUGUUUCUUCUCGUCAUUGAAGAGAUCAUUCCAUCUUCCUCUAAAGUCAUUCCUCUGAUAGGAGAGUAUCUGCUUUUUAUCAUGAUCUUCGUCACAUUCUCAAUCAUUGUAACUGUCUUUGUCAUUAACGUCCAUCAUCGUUCUUCUGCCACAUACCAUCCCAUGGCACCGUGGGUUAAAAGUCUUUUCCUCCAGAGAUUACCUAGACUGCUCUGCAUGAGGGGACACACUGAUCGUUAUCAGUACCCAGACAUCGAGCUGCGGAGCCCAGAGCCAAAAACAGGAAUGAAAAGAGGGCAACAGAAGAGUGCCGGAGGAGGACGAGGGGGCUUUAAGGAAGAUGAGAACCAGGCCUGGAUUGCCCUGUUGGAGAAAGCCACUUACUCAGUGCACUACAUUUCCAAACACAUAAAGAAGGAACACUUCAUCAGAGAGGUCGUUCAGGACUGGAAGUUUGUGGCUCAGGUGUUGGACCGGAUCUUUCUCUGGGUCUUUCUCACAGUUUCUGUGCUUGGGACCAUCCUUAUCUUCACCCCAGCUCUGCAGAUGUACCUCAGCACAUCUUAGAGAUUUCAGCCUACGCAAUAUCUUAUGACAUUCUUAUGACCUCUUUGAAAUAUGUGUAGUUCUGUACUGUGUAAAAUGUAUAACAACCUUUUUUAUGCCUCUCAUUUUGCAUUCAGUCUUUUAUUUAUUUAUUUCAUGUUAAAAAUGUGUCAUUGUCCAUGUAAGUAAUAUUUUACUUUGUGAUUUUAUGAUUCUGCUCAGUUUGCAGUAAAUGUAAAAAUUGUUAUCACUAUCCAGAUUAAUAUAUUGUUAAUUAAUUUUAUUUAUAAUGUUGCAUUCUUCCUGUAAGUCUGGAUGAUGAUCAAUUAUAAUACUAUCUCUCUUAUUGGCACAGCUGACAUUUACUGUGCAUGCUAUUAUGUUUUCCUAUUUUUAGUACUGUUAAGAGAAGUUGUAUUAUGCCUUGGAUGAUAUUAUGCAUAUGUAAAUUGUAUGCAGAUGAGGCCAUGCAUAAUACAAAGCGCAUGUGUAUGUAGCUACAAUUUUCCAUAAUCUGGAAUUUAUAAAUAGAACUCUGCAAGAUUUUGGCUCAUAUAUUGUUUUAUAAAUCUUCCAUUUAUGCUUAUGUAUAUUUUUAGGAUGAAAUUUACCAAAUGUCAAGCAUCCUUAUCCCUUAACCCUUGGAGAUACUGUUGCUGAUUCAAUGGGUGAUGAGAUUAAAUGAUCACAACUUGUCUUUGGCAUCAUUAGCAAGGACUGUGUUGUACACCCUUCUUUAUUUCUGUCCAUAGAUACUCUUUUAUCCAAGGUCAGUAAAUGGAGAUGUCAGCUGAACAAAAUAAAUCACAUGAAUUUAUGUAAAUAAUCUUUUUACUGAUCAGUGCAAGUGUAUAUACUGCUGUGACACAUCAGAAGGUUCAGAAUUGCCUGGCAUUUUCCACAGGAAACACUGAAUCAGUGUUAUUUGGGUCCUUAAAAUAAUGUUUUCGAGAGAACCCUAAACCUAGACCUUUUUCGGGGGUGAAUUUACUGUAAAAAUGCAAGCGUAGUAGAGGGAAUUCAGGAAACUGGACACCUUUGAUACUCUGACCAUAUUGCUGUAUAUAUUUAAAAUAUAUAUUAGUUGCACUUCAUUUUACAGUGGCCUUGAUACAGUGUAAUUAUACAAUUGCUUAGUAAUAUUAAUCAACAACAUGUACUUACCAUAGGGUUAUGGUUAGGAUCAGGGUUUUGUUUAUAUUUAUGGGGUUAGUUGCUUGUACUUAGGCAGAAUUUAUUGUUAUUUGUAUAGUAUGCACAUGUAACUUGUAACAAGGACACUGUAAAAUAAAGUGUUAGCAUAUUUUAUUUUCACUAACAAAAAGAGGCCAAUUCAGUUUAAAUUUACAAGAAAAGUGUUAAACAAAAGUAGAAUGUAUUGGCAAAAUGUUACUGUAGUUCCUCUCUAAAGCAUCUGUCUUUUACCAUUGAUGAUACUGAUGUCACAUAUUAAAGUCAACCCAAAAUCUUAUUGUGCAUGAUUCAUCAGUGCAUGCUCUUCCCCUCCAAUGACUCAAAAUAUGAAAGUAAAAUGUGUACAUAUGAUUUCAUGUUGGCUUUUGUAUUUAUGAUUGAGUAUGUAUU